CAAUAUCCUGAAGGGUUUAUCUUUCCUGCAACGCGGUUAGAACAUGCCAAAGAAAUACCUCGCACCCUUCGUGACUAUAGUGAUCGUCGUGUAAGUUUCCUUGGAAUUUUGAAAGAGCUGUGCUUUGACGCUGAUUGUCGUUUACAGAAUGGUAAUGACUACCGACCUCAGAUAGGAUUCACUCGUGAUGUCCCCGGACGAGCAACUCUGGAUGAGUCAGCGCACCGAUUUAUACAGCGCGAGGGAGGCCGUGGUAGUUUUGGUACUUUUUUGAAAUCAUUUUAA